UCUACGUCUCCAAACACACGGGCCUUUUUCAAAUUUCAAGCCAUGGUUGGUCGCGUGACGAUACUUUUAGUUUGCUCAGUUACCCUUGCAACGUAUGCAGCAGCUUCUGGCGUCACCAAAAAUAACAGAGAGACAAUAUAUCUCACUGAUAAGGAUAUUGUACCUAAGGAUGAGUUGGGACCCUUACUCAAAGAAGCCAAAAAAGAGUACAGAUUCAUCGGGGACCUGGUAAUUGGAGAGCGUCAUGCAGAUGAGACAAUAUUUCGUCGUUCAAUCGAGGCUGCAAAUCCCACCGAUCAGGUCUACAGUUCAGCAGUUACGAUCAACGUGGAGAGAGGAACAAUUCACUAUCUAAGUGUCACUAAUGAAAAGAACAGCUACGUCGUGGUCUGUGACGAGCCAUACAGUCUGGGAACAUCGAGGACCAGUUUCAACCUGAGAGUUCCGCCCAACACCAAGUCUCAGCUGUGGCUCCUCGUGGCUGCUCAUUAAUGCUCAAGUUUGUUGAAUACGCCGUUAGAACACCAUUCACAAGCACAAAAAUCUCGCUCAAUUGAAUUGCUCGACGACUGGCGGUAAAUUAUUUUCAUGCGAACAACUUUUAGUACGUUCAGGUGUGAGGAGUAUAAUAGCAUGUACGAAUAAACAUUAUUCAUUGAUAUGCGUUGGUUUUCAUUUUUUUAUUUUUUUUUUAUUUUUUCAUCUAUUCACCUCAUUUUAGAUGAUAAUAGCUUGACUUUAUUAAAAACAAAAAAUACCUAUGUACUCGCUACCGUAAAAUUACA